ACCCAGCGCCUCUCCGCUCCAUCUGAGUGAUGAGAGACCGUUCAGCCGCUCUCCUCUGAACACACCCUGCCCUCAGACGGGACACACCUGGGGAGAGGUCGUAUCAAAGCGGGAAUGAAUUCGACAUGGCACGUUGUAGCAGUGAACAGUGAUAUUCCUGCGGGCUGCGUGGAAGAAAAUACUGGAAUGACUUGAGCGCGGAGGAAAACAGUGACGGACGACGUAAAUAUUGACAUGCCCUUGCUCACAGCUGUACUGCUCGCCGUCGACUAAACUCAUCGUGUGUGUAUGAGAGACUGCGGAGGAACUGCGAUGUUAAACACGCACUAAUAACGACUGAAAUAAAAAUACGUGCCGAAAACGAAUCCGUAAGGUCGUGCUAGAAUUCCGGACUGUGAGAGUUUCGUGAGGUUUGCGGGACUGCUCUUCUUUAAUCUGCGGUCAUGCCGCAGGCUUCAUCAGACUUGUUCCCUACCUGAGGGAAUCGAGGAUUACUGGAGUUUUUGACAGAAGAGAUCAUUUAUGACCUAAUUGGGCUGAAAUACGAGUAGUUUGGAAUGAAACACAUGUUUUGCCGCCUUAUAAAAAUUCCUAAUAAUUUUGCGCGUGCAAACGGAGGAUUCUAAAGAGAGUAAACAAGCGUCGUUACACGUGUCACAUGUGAAGGAUGUAAAAGUUGAACGUUAUGUGUAGUAAAGCACAGUUUUGGUGGGAAAUUGGAUGAGAAAUGUGCGCAGUGGAGUCAACUUUUUAAGUAAUUUUCUGAGCGUAAUCGGUUCGUUUCGCGCAACCCUAACGAUCUUUUUGCGCCCGUAGCGCGAUUAACCGUUAAGACGUUUUAAACAAAACAAAACUAUUUUUGUGACAUAUUUGUGAUGUGUAUAUCCAUGGUAAUGUGAGAAAUAACGACAGUACAGUGUUUUAUUGAUGCACACCGCCCGAUACAAACAUCGCUCGAGCAGCUGUUGCUAUGGUUACCUAUGCAGAGGCGUUUUCUGCUCGCGAUUGUAACGUUUGUGGUUACUGAAACGUUGUUCGAACGCUGUUGAAACGUAUACAUGCUUAUGUAAAAAUACAUUUUUAAGACCCCCAACUUUCCUUUGGGGUGAUUCAUGCCUUAAUUAGGGGGUUUGACAAACCUCCCCCAUAAUUUAAACCCUGCGAAUGAGCACUUUGUGAAAAAGAUUUUACUGAAAUACCAUUGGAUGCAAGUUUUUAUAAUUUUAUUAUAUAAAUUCACAUUGAUCUUAAUGUAAGUAUAUUUUCUCUGCCAGGUGAGAGAUGACAGGUGUAAGGUGAGCAGAACGACUUUUAAAACACUGUUCUCCAAUAAACUUUAUAGGAACGCUAAGGCUUAUUUCUUAUUUUCAUUCGUUUCUUACAAAAUGUAAUCUCACAUACAGUUAAACGACUUUUAAUAGUUAAAUGUGAAAUCAUUUUGAAAGUAUGCCCAAUCUGGAGGCCCUUUUCCAGGGUGAGAAUCUGUAAGCAAACAUGGGAGCGAAGCAAACAAAGGCUGCAGGACAGGAGGCAGGAUCGAGCCCUCAGAGCACGGGAUGGAAACGGACCCCCACGAAAGAGCGAGGAGACAUCCUUACUUCUAUAAUGUUGAGGUCAGGAGACAGACUGAGGAGCAGCGGGACUCCUCCUCCCUACCAGCGGCGCAUCGGGAUGAUACAAGAGAUGAUGUUGAUGGCAAAGCAGGGGAAACACGAUGAGGCGACAGAGAUGCUGAAGACUCUCCGGCAGGAUCUGGGAAUGGAGUCAACCUCUCUGGACGAUGUUCUUUACCGCUAUGCCAGUUUCCGCAACCUUGUGGAUCCCAUUACCCAUGAUCUCAUUAUCAGCCUGGCCAAAUAUAUUCACUGCCCAAAGACGGAGGGAGAUGCUUUGGGUGCCAUGGAGAAGGUGUGCCGUCAGCUGACCUACCACCUGAGCCCGCACUCCCAGUGGAGACGGCAGGGGCUGCUGAGGAGGAAGCCACAGGCCUGUCUGAAAUCAGUUCUUUCAAGCCCUCCAUCCAGUGGGACAUUAGAACUGUCUGGCAUCCCUCUUGGAGUGAAAGACAUGGAGCGUCUCUGUGCCUACCUGCAUCACCAUGCAUCCCGCAUCGGCAGCGUAGAGAUGGGCUUCACCGAGCUCACAGACGAUGCCUUCCUUCUGCUCCUCCCUACGCUGGCGUCUCUUCCCCGCCUUGAGACUCUGGCCCUCAAUGGCAACAGGAUGACCCGUGCUGUGCUCAAAGAGCUUACGGACAUGCUGAAGGACCCGGACAGCUUCCCCAGCGUCACUUGGAUCGACCUGGGGAACAACGUUGACAUCUUCUCCCUCCCACAACCAUUUCUGGUGAGUCUGCGCAAGCGCUGCCCCAAACAGGGCAACCUUCCCACCAUCCUGGAGUUCGGCGAGAGCCAGGCCAGUGAGCCAGAGGGCAGAGUGGAUGAAGACGAUGCAGAUGAUACAAACAGGACAGAGAGUAUGGGAGAACUCAGAUCUGAGGUAGAAGAAGAGAUUGACGGUGAGAUGGAGAUCGAGGACAUGAUGGAGGAGUUGCGGGACUUUGACAGGGAGGUGCAAGGCAAGGAGGAUGAGGACGAUAGUAUGUGGACCUUGGAGGAGCAGCGGCUGGUAAAAGAUCCAGUUGCAAAGCGGAGCAAAGAGAAGAGGGUGUUCAAAGCAGAGGGCGAAGAGGACUUACAAAGCCAGUCUUCCCAUCUGUCCUGCUCCAGCCAGUCACAGCACUCUUCUGGAGCCAUCGAGCCUUUAAGAGAAGACUCUGUGCCAGACCAGUUAGCAUGUCCUUCGAACAACCCUACCUGAUUGAAGCCACUGUGUAAUUUGAUUAGAGUCUGGUCCCUUUAAGAAAAAGAGAAAGCGUGACAGGCUUGUUUUCAGACUGGGUUAUCCAUGAAGUCAUGCGAUUCAGAAGGGUUUUAUAGGGUUGACAAUCACAGCGGUUGUCUGUUGUUGCAAAGGAGAAAAGAAUCACUUGUGAGGUUACAAAAAAUAUCAAAUGUACCUUCUCAUUCAGGUUUUUCCCUUCACUGUCAUGUUAAUGUGUAGAUCCAGUCACAAAGCAAAUAAAAGGGGGUGAAGAGGACUUACAAAGCUUUUUGCUCCAGCCUUUCACAGCACUUCUCUGGAGGCAACAAGCCCUUAAGAGAAGACUUUGUCCCAGACCAGUUAGCAUGUCAUUCGGGCAGUCCAACCUGAUUGAACCCACUGUCUAAUUUGAUUUCUGAGUCUGUAACCUUCAUCACUUUAAAAAGAGAGAAUGGUAGGAAGGGCGUGAUGGGCUUGUUUUCAGACUGGGUUACAUGUGAAAUCAUGGGCUUCAGCAGGUUUUAAAGGGAAGACAAUCAUUGCUGCUGUCUGUUUUUGAAAUGAAGAAAUUAAUCACUAAUGAGGUAAAAAAAAAAUAAUAAUCAAAUAUACCUUGACAUUCAGGUUUCCCCCUUCACUGUCAUAAAAAUGUAAAAUAUCCACAAAUUGGAGCAAAGAGAAUAGGGCGUCCAAAACCAAUCUUCCCAUCUGUCUUGCUCAAGCCAGUCACAGCACUCCUCUGGAGCCAUCGAGCCUUUAAGAGAAGACUUAGUCCAAAUACAUUUAGCAUGUCAUUCAGACAACGCUACCUGAUUGAAGCCGGUGUUUUAUUAAAUUAGUGUCUGUAAACUUCGUCCCUUUAAGAAAAAGAGAAAGUGUGACUGGCUUGUUUUCAGACUGGGUUAUUCAUGAAGUCAUGCAAUUCAGAAUGGUUCAUCAUAAAAAAUAACCAUCAUAAAAAUAUCAAAUAUACCUUCUCAUUCAGGUUUUCCCCGUCAUCAUAAAAAAUAACCAUCAUAAAAAUAUCAAAUAUACCUUCUCAUUCAGGUUUUCCCCGUCAUCAUAAAAAAUAACCAUCAUAAAAAUAUCAAAUAUACCUUCUCAUUCCGGUUUUCCCCGUCAUCAUAAAAAAUAUCCAUCAUAAAAAUAUUAAAUAUACCUUGUCAUUCAGGUUUUCUCCGGCAUCAUAAAAAUGAUCCAUCAUAAAAAAGAUCAAAUAAACCUUCUGAUUCAGGUUUUGUCAUAAACCUCUGUGAACCUCUGUGUGCCUAUGUGCCUGUUCAAAACCCUGCUGGAGAAGCGUGUGUGUGUUUAGGUGCACAUUUAGAUCAACAUGCUGGAUAUAAGCAGAUUGGUUUGGAUGUCAUGAAUUGGUGUGUCCAUCCAUGCAUCUGACUGUCACAAGCAUCAUGUUCUCUCCAGCAGUGGAAAACAACCUAAAUUCUAUUCAAUAUCGUCCAUUGAAUAUGCAUGUCCCAGGUUUUAGGUGGAUGGGACGCUGAUGAGCUCAGAUUAAGUGCCCCUAAUUUAUACAGUGGAAAACCAAAAUUUUGUCACAAUGUUGGCCCAAAACAGUAUGUUUGAUUGAUACAGAGCAGUGGGACUGAAGCCAAAGAGAAAAGACUCACUCCACAGAAAAAAAAGUGUUGUUUGGCUAUAUGAUAGUGAUAGUUAUUCUGUUGUUGCUGCUUGACAUGGAUUUUGAAGUCAAUGUAAGGUUUCUUAGCUCUGUUCUUUAAAAUAGAUCCUUUAAACACUAAAAUGAUAUUAAGAUUUUGUUUCUAUUUAUCCACUGUUAUUAAAUGAUAAAGGUAUUUCAAAGUAUAAACAUCUAUUUAGUGCCUAAUUAAAAUGUUACAUUAUUUAAAUGUAAUUCAAGCUAGUUCUAAUAUGCCAGUAAAUUAAAAGUAUUGUUUCAAAGACAAUGUAUAUUUGAUUAGACAGAUUUGAAAACAGUUGUUUUAUUUCAUUAUUUAAAAUUACGUAAUAGAGAACUAGGAUUUAUUAUAUCCCUUUGUGUAAUAUCAUGCUUGCAUGCGAAAAUCUUGUUCAGUGUUAUUUUAAGUAAAAUUAGCUCCCUCCCCGAAUGAUGGUUUAUAAAAUUAAUUAUUAAGCCUAAUUAAAGGAAGCUCCUGUAAUAAAGUUAACCAAUAUAUUUCAGAUUAUCAUAUCAUUUUAUUUUGGUCACCAGGUAGCCUCAAAAGUUCCUGCUGUUUUUCAAAGCCAUACUUCUAGACAAGUUCUGCCAUUACAGAAAGGGUAUUAUGAUGAUAAAAGUGCACUGAGGAGCUAUGAUCAAUGAAUUUUGUCAGUAUUUCUGUAUUCCCAGAAUGGUUAGCAAAUAGAAUGCUCUAUGGAUGACAAGGAACAGCAAUAUGUGUAUAUGAUUAUUUGUAAACAAAACAAAAUGUAUUUGACUGUU